AUGCUCCUUGUGUGCACAUCUCUACUCACACUCCUCUUCCUUACUCUCUGCUUCUUCACGUCCCUUCAACACCAUUCUCGGCCAUUUCCUCCACUCCUCACUCCCCUCACCCAUCGCUCCCCCCACCCAGACACAUGUGUGAUCCAGAGCUGUGGUGUGAACAGCCGGUGCAUCAAGGACGAAGCUACUAGAGCAGUGUCCUCUGUGUGUGACAGUGACUUUGUGCUGCAGGCGGAUGGCACGACGUGCACUGCUCCUAAUUCAUAUCCCCUCCACCCCUCCUCUCCGCUCUUCGUUUCUGCCUCUCCCCCCACGCAGAUGCUUGUGUGUAUUCCAACUGCCAUGCUGAUGCGCCAUGCUGAUGCGCGCCUGUACUUGGUGGCAGAGGCACACCAACUCUGUUCACUGUCCCUCCUUCCUUUCCUCCCUCCUUCCUUCUCCGCCUCCUUCCUUUUCUCCCUCCUUCCUUUCCUCCCUCCUUCGUUCUCUCCCUCCUUCCUUCCCUCCGAAUUCCCCCCCUCCUUCCUCCCUCCUUUCCCUACUUCCUUCCCUCCCUUCUUCCCCUCCUCCUUCCCCUCCUCCUUCCCACCAUCCUUCCCUCCCUCCUCUCCUUCCUCCUUCCCUCCCUCCUUCCCUCCCUCCUUCCCUCCCUCCUUCCCUCCCUCCUUCCCUCCCUCCUUCCCUCCCUCCUGCCCUCCCUCCUUUCCCCCCUCAUUUGCUUUCUCCAUUGCUCCCUCCAUCGCUACCUCUGUUGCUACCUCUGUUGCUACCUCUGUUGCUACCUCUGUUGCUACCUCUGUUGCUCCAUCUGUUGCUCCCUCCGUUUCUCCCUCCUUUGCUCACUCCCUUACUCCCUCCCUCGUGCGCUCCCUCCCGCGCUCCCUCCCUCUUUCCCUCCCUCUCUCCCUCCUUCGCUCCCUCCCUCUUUCCCUCCCUCUCUCCCUCCUUCACUCCCUCCCUCGCUCCCUCCCUCGCUCUCUCCCUCACUCCCUCCCUUGGCCCCUCCAUCCCAUCCUCAUCUGUUUCUAUAUCGUGCCAUACUCUUCUAAUCGCUUCUCUCCACGCCUCCUUUCAGAUACAUGCGUCAUCAAGAACUGUGGUGCCAAUGCUGCUUACAACUGUGCGAUGAAGACCUGUAGUGGCUUCACCUACUGCAGCAGGGACGCCACUACUGGAGCUGCGUCUUGUGUUUGCUACAAUGGCUUUGUGAUGCAGCCGGAUGGCACGUGCAAGAGUACGUGA